GCGUAGAUGAAAGUGGCCAGGGGCGGUAAGAGGUAGGAGCCGGAAUCGCGGCGCGGACGUCAGUGCGUCAUGACGCCGUGUUGUCAGUAAGUGACCUGCUUUUGAGCGAGAGGCGUAGAGGGAGCCGGUGGGGAGCAGAAGCUGAGGAUCCACACCAGUGCAUCCACAAUGCCUGGGAUGGUGAUGUUUGGAAGGCGCUGGGCCAUUGGAAGUGACGACUUUGUCUUCCCAGGAGCCUUUGAACUUUUCAUCAGGGUGAUCUGGUGGAUUGGAAUUCUGGUUUUGUACUCCAUCCACAAAGGGCAGUUUAACUGUGCUGGUGGAGCAUUGCUGCACAGUUACCUCCUGGUCCUCCUCAUUCUCCUGGCAGCCAUAAUAUGUGUUUUGUGUUCUAUUUUGUAUGUCAGCAUGCAAGGAACCAUUUCCAACCCUGGGCCAAGAAAAUCUCUUCCUAAAUUGCUGUAUCUGCGCUUGGCCCUCUUCUUGCCAGAGCUGGUCUGGGCUGUUGUCGGAGCAAUAUGGGUGUCGGGCCGCAGAGUGAAUUGUGAAGGGGCUAUGAUAAGUGCCAUAUUUGGAACAGUCAUUGCCAGCUGGAUUAUCAUUGUUUUUACCGUGGCGGCCAUCGUCAUCGUUUUUGAUCCGCUUGGCGGAAGGAAGACGGUGUACCUUCCCGAUUGCGCCAGUCGCGACCUGGAGAGCAGCCAGUCAGGCCAGCUGUUUUACAAUGUUAAGAAGUCUGCGACUCGCGUCUGGGAGAAAAGAAUCCGAUUGAUGUGCUGUUGCAUCGUACAAGACGACGACCACCGAGUCGCUUUUACAACCAUUGCUGAGCUUUUCCGCACCUACUUCUCGGACACCGACUUGGUGCCAAGCGACGUUGCAGCGGGGCUGACUCUGCUCCACCAAGAGCAAGAUAAAGUGGAAAAUUGUCCCAAGGAGCCUGAAGAAAUUAUUACUCAGUCACCAUUAACUCCUCCGGCUGACGAUUUGGAUGCAGAGUUAGAAAAUGCCGCUCACUAUAUGAAGUUUGCCGUGGCUACUUAUGGCUGGGCCUACUACAUCAUGGCAAACCCUUUUACAGGCCUCUGUAAGCUUAAAGGAGACUGUUGUAGAAGCAGCCCAACGGAGACUGAUAUAAUCGGCAGAGAUCGUUUUAACAUGAAUUUUGGAGCGAUCUUAAAAAUCACAGGACUUCAGUACAGAGAUUUCAUUCACAUCAGCUUCCACAAUAAAAUUUAUGAGAUCCCAUUCUACAUUGCACUGGAUCACAAAAAAGAGGCCAUCGUCGUCGCUGUGAGAGGAACCCUGUCAUUUGAGGACGUCCUCACGGAUCUCUCGGCAGACUGUGAACACUUGACAUUGGAAGACGUUCUGGAAAACGGUUUUGUGCAUAAGGGGAUAACCCAGGCUGCCAACUAUAUUUACAGAAGGCUAAUAAAUGACGGGAUUCUGAACCAAGCCUUCACAAUUGCUCCUGAAUAUAAACUAGUUGUCAUUGGCCAUAGCUUAGGAGGGGGAACGGCCUCCAUUUUGGCGAUCAUGCUCAAAAACACAUUCCCCAAUUUGCGAUGUUACGCCUUUUCUCCACCAGGUGGUUUAUUAAGCAAAUCGCUUGCGGAAUAUACUAAGCAGUUUAUCAUAUCUGUCAUUGUCGGGAAAGAUGUUGUUCCGAGGCUAAGCAUGCCCAACAUGGAAGACCUGAAAAGAAGGAUCAUUAGGAUAGUUGCCAACUGUAACAGACCCAAGUACCAGAUCCUGCUACAUGGCUGUUGGUAUGAAGUAUUUGGAGGAGAACCUGAUAACUUUCCAACGGAACUGGAUGGUAGAAACCAAGAUGCUUUGACUCAGCCUCUUCUAGCUGAAGAAAACUUAAUGGUUCAUCAGUCUCCUUCUUACACUACUCUAGGUGACGACUCGCCUUUAAGCUCUCCGGCUCAGUUUCCACACCUCUUUCUCCCUGGGAGAAUCAUCCACGUUGUAGAAGAAAGCAGCACAAGGAGGUAAACGACUAACCUGUUAUCAGUGACCACGUGCUCCCCAGCGCUCUCUCUCUCUGCCCUGAAUCUGCAUUUUACAUUCAGAAAACUCUUUUGGCAAGGAUUGAGUGAGAAAAGGUGCAUGGAUGUGGAAAUGGGGUGAAUGAAAGGUUUGGAUGAUGAUGAUGAUAAUUAAUAGUGGUAUUGUGUGGAUCGCAGAAUGUUUCCCUCGAUCUGACCAGGUGUCCCAAGAAGCUCAGUUGUUGCAAUUAUUUAUUAUCCUAAGCCAGGCAUGUCCAACAGGUAGAUCGUGAUCUACUGGUAGAUCACUGGACGUCUGUGGUAGAUCACUGGUAGAUCAUUGGCUCCCCCAAAGAAGCUGAACAACUGUGGCUCCCCUAAAAAAAGCUCAACAUUUUACCUCCUCCCGGAAAAAGGGCCUUCCUCCUUCCUAAAAAAUGCUCUUUGACCUGAACCCCAAAAUAAUGGGUAGAUCAUUGCCACUUUUUAAUCUCUGUGAGUAGAUCACAGUCUCUUGGGAGUUGGCCACCCCUGUCCUAAGCUAUAUGAAACGGUCUUUCCUUCCUUCGUGUGGUGGCCUGCCACUAUGCUAGAAAUCUAGCAUUUUGUUUCUUGAACAUAGGUAUAUACCACUUUUCUCAAACUCUAGGCAACUUACAUAAAAAUAAAGCAUUACAACAAAAGCAUUUUAGCAGGCAAAAUACAGGAAUACAGAGCACCCUCUCACCCAUUAAGCCAGCCUCUUCAAAAUUCACCCCAGAUUGGGUUUGCCGCUUUUUCGGAAGUCCCCGAGAGGAGUUGUUCUGAUAAAGGAAAUCAUUCCCAAAGCCUUGAGGCCCUUGCAAUAAAGGUUCUGCUCGAGGUCAUUGGACUACCUGUCAUAAAGGGUGCAUGGCUUGACCCAAAGAUUUUUGCGCUGAGUUAUGUAAGUUAAUGCAGGGAGACACCUCUCUUAACACUGGUCCCAGGCUUUGAAGGGCAUCAUAGGUGUAUACUAACACCUCACGUGGUGUUGUUUUUUGUAAAUAUGGUGUUGAUUGCCUAUCAAGCUAGCACUGUGCUCACUUCAUACUAGCCAGUUGUUGUCUCAGGGAGAAGCAGAGGGCUAUCUAAUUGUAGUUUUCUUAUGCCUUCAUUAUGCACUUUUUCCAGGCGCACAGUUUCAACUUGCCAUCUGUUUUGCUUAAAGCAGAAAAGGAACUUUUAUUUUUAACCACCACCUAAAAUCACUGAUAGGGUUGAGGGGAAGAGCUUGAGGACUCGUGUCCACUGGUUUCUCGCCCUAGACAGCCUGCUCCAUUUUUGCAUUUGCAAUAAAACCAGCACAACUUCCCUGUCUCAGAUUUUUGUUGACCUCAUAGAAACAGAAUCUAUUUUAAUAGCUUUCUCGAGCAGGGCAGCUUUUUGGCACUGAAUAGUUGCCAAAUUUAUUACUGCAAGGUUUGGAAAACCUUUGAUAAGAACAUUAUUAAAACCCUGCCGCUGCCGCUGCCGCCUCCCCCAACCCCCCCCCUGCUCUUGCUGUAUUUUGCAGUUGAACAAUAUAGAAGUGAUUUUCUUACACUACUGUAGUUUCCUUCCACAGCAAAAAAAGGAAAUAAAGAAAAAGUAAUAUGUGCUCAGGCAUCGAGGCUCAUUUGGUAGCUAUUCUUAAAAAGGUAAAGGUAAAGGGACCCCUGACCAUUAGGUCCAGCCGUGACCGACUCUGGGGUUGCGCGCUCAUCUCGCAUUAUUGGCCGAAGGAGCCGGGGUAUCGCUUCCAGGUCAUGUGGCCAGCAUGACAAAGCCGCUUCUGGCAAACCAGAGCAGCACAUGGAAACGCCGUUUACCUUCCCGCUGUAGCGGUUCCUAUUUAUCUACUUGCAUUUUGACGUGCUUUCGAACUGCUAGGUUGGCAGGAGCUGGGACCAAGCAACGGGAGCUCACCCCAUCACGGGGAUUCGAACCACCAACCUUCUGAUCAGCAAGCCCUAGGCUCAGUGGUUUAACCACAGCGCCACCUGGGUCCCUAGCGCCACCUGGGUCCCUAUUCUUACUGUGUGUUAUAUUUCUUGCAUUGUGCCUCACCUCUUCUGAAUCUGUUUACAUGGUGGUAUGUUUCUUUUUUUAAAAAGCAAGUAAGGGAAAGUUUGUAAAAAAAGGGGGGGUUGCAAAAAGAAGAAAAAAUCAGUGAAACAGAGUAAUGUCCCAAAAAGGAAAAGCAGUGUGACAGUAUGAAGAAUUUCAAAGGUGGAGGGUCAUUGCUAGGUCCAGAGGGUGUUUCACAAGUGGGGUGCCAUACCACCCAAUAUUAUCAGCUGCUCCUUAUAGAAUAUCUUGAGAAGCUCACAUUCCUGUCUCAGCCCCUGGAUGGAGUGGCAUGGGAGAAGGGAGUUUCACUGCCUCCAAAAAAAGUUGUCCUUGAGAUUACUCCUACAGCUGUUGGCAGUGCAUUGCAGGUAGAAGUCACAGGAGGCAAGUUGUCUUUCAGGUAGUUCAGGCAGAUCGUGUUGGCUUGGCUGCUGCAGCUAUUUCUAAAAAUCAACUUCCUUUUCCUGUCUACCCUAAGAAAGAGGAUGCAGCCUUUCUUAACAGAACUUCCACAAUCACAUGCACCAAGGAUGUGGAGCUUGUGGGCCUGUCCAGAUGGUGCCUGCUUCUCAACUCAUAGCAGGGCACAGAGGGCAGCCUAGGCGGUGGUCAGGUUUGGGGAGUUGGAGCCCAGCCUGAUCCACUGCCGACAGGCAGCUCCUGAUAAGAUUGUCUCUGUCGGAAUGCGGCCAUCCACAAGGCAGGGAAAGGCUUCCAACAGCCGAGAUCAAAGUCUUGCUCGAGUGCUUGGAGCUACAUGCUUGGAGCUACAAUGUACUUACAAAGAUCAAUCAGUGUUCGAAAUAGCUGCUGAAAUCAGGGCUGCAAGUAUUCCACUGACACGUUGUCCUUU